UCUCCAUUUCUCUCUCAGCUUUACCGGUAAGAGUCCCUCGAGUUUAAGGCUACCAAUUCUCACGCUUCAAUUUCCUCUCUAUUUUCAUAAAUAUAUUUUUUUCCUAUUCAUAAUUCAUUUUUAUUUUAUCUUAAUUUUUUUCUUUAAUUUCUUGUUUCUGGAUCGAAUACUAAAUUAUGUCAUUUUUUUACGAUUUUAAUUUUCUUUUUAGAAGUUUACUCUCACUAUAUAAACCUUUAAUAAAUUUCAUGUUGGAAUCAACUUAUUUUCUUUCAAACUUUCUGUGUACUUUUAGUCGUUUUUCUCUCUGAAUUGUGCAUACUGAAUUUUAAUUGUGCGUGUGUGUGUACUUUUGUAUUUUUUUUUUCUUUCUAAUGUGAGAUUGGGUUUUGUGGCGUUUGGGUUGCUGAUACCAAAAUUUUGAUUAUUUCAAAAUUUUGAAUAAAAAGAAUUGUUCAAAUUUAUCAUAAUUUGUUAAAUCCCUUAAUGUCAAGAUUUAUGGCUGAGUGUUUGUGUUUAUAGAAAUUACACUUUCCUGAAAUGAUUUUUAAGGAUUUUAUAGGUUCAGAUUUUUAAAAAUUUAAUCAAUAGUUAUACUUAAUUGGUUUUCUAAUUACAUUUUCAAGGCUUAUGUUAGGGAGUUUUUUAUUAUUAUUAUUUUGUUUUGUGGUUGUUUCUGCCUAGUUUGUUUUACCAUUUGAUUUAUUUGUUGAAGAUAUAAAAUUCUGCUAUAUCAGAUUAUCGGUUAGCUUUUAUGUUUGUCUUAGAUGAAUUUAGAAAUAAGAGUGGCGAAUUUAGUCAACAAGAAAGGACACUUGUAGUAGUCACUUAUGUCUAACCUAAAUUCGAAACAGACUACAAAUAUGGGACAUGGAAAGUCGAACAAUGUAGAUAAGAUACCCACCUUCAAUCCCCAAUUACAAAACACUGAAGAAAUUGGAUUCCAAAGUUUGAGUGAUGAAGCGGUCUGCUUUACUGGGAUAACUGGUGUUGUAACAGUUGAUGCACCCUUAAAUGAGUUAUCACACUCUCCUUCUUCUCAUUUGGGAGACUUGUCAUUAGAGGGUAUUGAUUGGAUGAUUCAUGGAUCCCAGCUUGACAGCUAUCAAAAUUUCAUGGUUCACCCUCAUGUUAUGAACAGGACUGGUUAUGUGCCUUCCCAAUAUUCAACUCUUGAAAAUAUAGCCACUAAUACUGGAGGUUUACAAAUGGGCAUGCAAGGUGCCAAAGUGGAUAAUAGUAAGCCCCAAUCAAUUGGAAACUUCAUGAGCCGUGGAAGCAGGGCACCUGUGUCAUGUGGUGCUCAAGAUGGUAGGGAAAUGGAGAGUAAUAGCAAUUUGGUGGACUGUGUGGUUCAAUCUGAUUACCCAGAAACUCUAGAUGGGAGUUUUCUGACUCUAGGAGUUGGAGUUAAUAAAGAGUCCAGGUCAAAAGCUAAUGCUUCAAGCAGAGAUUUCAUUGGUAAAAUAGAUGGGCCUAUAAAAAUGCAGUUAAAUCCCUCCCAUGUGCAAAGUGGUUAUGAAAGUUCAUUCUCUCCUGAUUUUAGAAUGGCAGUUGCUCUAUCUGAUAAUCAAACCUAUGCUGGUGGAUUUUCUAGCAUAGAAGAGAACGCAGUUGGAUUAUCCUGUCUAAAGCAUAAUUUAGAUGGACUUCACAGCGUAGUGCAGAAUGCAGGUGAAUCAUCCAAUGUGAGUGCAUUUGCUGGUACAGUGCAGAAUGCUGGUGAAUCAUCUAAUGUGAGUGCAUUUGCUGGUCCAAUGCAGAAUGUAGACAGUUGCUCCCUUUCUGAAUAUCAUCUUGGAGUUUCUGAUUGUACUAGCUCCAACUUUAGUUUAAGUCCAUUGCAAAUGUUACCAAUGCCACAAAGCCACAUUUCACAUCCUCUUCUUACAGCAGAUGAUCAGAAAUUUUGUGCUGGAUUUGCAAAUAUUGAUCCAUUUCAUGGUCUUUCUGGUGUAUCUCCAAACAUAGUGCAUAUUAGCAACCAAUCUGGACUGCCUUCUAAUCAAAGCUUUCUUGGUCUUUCUGGUGUAUCUCCAAUAGUUCAUGGUAGUAGCCAAUUUGGACUGCCUCCUAAUGAAGGGUUUCAUAGUCUUUGUUGUGAAUCACAAAUAGUGCAUAGUAGCAGGCAAUCUGGACUGCCUGUUCAAGCACAGCACAGAAUGUCUCCCUGGCCUUCAUUGUCUUCUUACAUGACUAGCAAAUAUGCUACAUUGGCCUCUGAUCAGCCACAAAAAUGUAAUAUGGGAAGUAUACCUAGCUUCCAGUGGGGUACAUCUGUGGCUUCUCCUGUUCCUGGAAACAUGGAAAGCACCAGCAACCAGUAUCAGUCAGCUGUAUGGCAACAUUAUCCAGCUCACCACGGUGGUGCUAAUCAAACUGUGGAAAAUGCCCCAUUUUCAAAGAGGAUAGAAGAUCAGCUUUUUGCCUGUGAUGGAGGUGCUUCUCAAGUUUCCACCACUGUUCCAUUUUCCAAGAAUUCUGAUAAGCUUUCCGCUAGUGAUGGAACUGCUGCUGAAGUUGUUAGCAUUGCUCCAUCUUUUAAGAAUAUUGGGGUUCAACCCUCAAGUACAGGUCAAGUAAUUUCAUUUUCAAGGGAACGUGGACAUGCUAACCUUCUUGCUGGACCAUCUCUCAAGAGGAAAGCAGCCCAAUCCCCUCCAGCUACUCCUCAGGUUCAAAUGAAGAAGACAAGAUCAGCAAAGCCUUCCAUUCGUUCAUCUACCUUAAACAGGGCCAGAGAUGCUCCUUUUGUUUCACCUCUCCCACCAGUAGUAUCCCUAGCUGCACCUGUUCCAUCACUAGCUCAUUCCACAUCUACUGUUCCACCUGUAAAACUGACUGCUCGUACUCUCCCACCCUUAGCUUAUAAAGGUCCUCCUCUACCAUCAUUGUCCCAGGUCACUCCUGCUUAUGCGCCACUGACAUGGACUGCUCCUGUCCCUCCCUCAGCUAGGAUGUCUCAUCCUCCCCAUAUAAAAUGGCAAGAUUCAGAACUUCUUCAACCAAGUGGACAUAAUUGUUUGUUAUGCAAGAGGGAUCUUUCAUACGCACCAGAAGGCCCGGUUUUCCAGCCAACUCUUCCACCUCCUGUUGCUGUUUUGUCAUGUGGUCACUGCUUUCAUGAUCUCUGCUUGGAGCGAAUCACCCCUAAAGAUGAAGCUGAUAACCCACCUUGCAUUCCUUGUGUGAUCAUUGCGCUUUUCGUCAACUCUUGGCCCGACCAGUAUAACUUCUCCCUACACUGAAGGCAUGCUCUGUGAUCCCUUUCUUGGGACAUAGGCAGCAAAGUUAAUUUGUCCAAGGCGAAGCUUCAAAUUGUCCAGGCUCGACCCAUAUUUUGUUAACUCUUCUCCUGGUCCAACCAAA